AUGCAGAGCAGCCCCUCCCCUGCUCACCCUCAGCUCCCAAUCCUGCAGACACAGAUGGUGUCGGACGGCAUGACAGGCAGUAAUCCUGUGUCCCCUGCCUCAUCCAGUUCCCCAGCUUCUAGUGGGGCAGGCGGCAUCUCCCCCCAGCACUUAGCUCAAGAUUCUUCUCUGGAUGGACCUCCAGGCCCCCCAGAUGGUACCACAGUGUCCUUGGAGGGGCUCAGCUUACCCCAGGCUGCUGACCUGGCUAACAAGGGCCAAAAAUGGGAGAAGAGCCAUGCCGAAAUCGCAGAGCAGGCCAAGCAUGAAGCUGAGAUUGAGACUCGGAUCGCUGAGCUCCGGAAGGAGGGUUUCUGGUCACUGAAGAGGCUGCCUAAGGUGCCAGAGCCCCCCCGCUCCAAAGGUCACUGGGACUAUCUAUGUGAGGAAAUGCAGUGGCUCUCUGCUGACUUUGCUCAGGAGCGCCGUUGGAAACGGGGUGUAGCCCGUAAGGUGGUACGCAUGGUGAUCCGGCACCACGAGGAGCAGCGGCAGAAAGAAGAGCGGGCCCGGAGGGAGGAGCAGGCCAAGCUGCGCCGCAUUGCCUCUGCCAUGGCCAAGGACGUCAGGCAGUUCUGGAGCAAUGUGGAAAAGGUGGUGCAAUUCAAGCAACAGUCUCGGCUUGAAGAAAAGCGCAAAAAGGCUUUGGAUCUGCACUUGGACUUCAUUGUGGGGCAAACUGAAAAGUACUCGGACCUUCUGUCACAGAGCCUCAACCAACCGCUAGCCUCUAGUAAAGCUGGCUCCUCCCCUUGCCUUGGCUCUUCCCACACUGGCUCAGCUGCCUCCAGUCCUCCACCACCUGCUUCCCACCUGGAUGAUGAAGAUGGGGACUUCCAACCCCAAGAGGAGGAAGAGGAUGAUGAAGAGACAAUAGAAGUUGAAGAACAACAGGAAGGCAAUGAUGCAGAGACCCACAGGCGUGAGAUUGAGAUGCUUCGACGUGAGGGAGAACUGCCGCUGGAAGAGCUGCUCCGUUCCCUGCCCCCUCAGCUGCUAGGAGGGCCUUCCAGCCCCUCGCAGACCCCCUCAUCUCACGAUAGUGACACUCGAGAUGACCCUGAAGAAGGUGGUGAAGAAGAGCCCUCUGAGGUGUUGAAGGGGAAGCCCCCACUCUCAUCCAUCCCACAGCACAACAGCCAGCCUUGGCAUCCAGAUGAAGAUGAUGAAGAGUUUACUGCCAAUGAGGAUGAAGCGGAGGAUGAGGAGGACACCAUAGCAGCUGAGGAGCAAUUGGAAGGGGAGGUGGAUCACGCCAUGGAGCUGAGCGAGUUGGCUCGAGAAGGGGAGCUCUCUAUGGAGGAGCUGCUGCAGCAGUAUGCAGGGGCCUAUGCCUCUGACACCUCAGUCCCAGGCUCCGGGAGCAGCGAGGAGGAAGAAGAGGAGGAGGAGGAGGAAGAGGAGACUGAGGCUAACAGCUCUGACUGUGAACCAGAGGAAGGCACAGAAACUGAAGAUGCUCCUCAAGAGGAUAGUAGCAGUCAGUCAGACUCUGCUGAGGAGCAGAGCGAGGAUGAGGAAGAUGAGCAUUCAGAGGAAGAUGAGACAAGUGGGAGUUCGGAAUCAGAGGAAUCGGAGUCUGAGGAUUCUGACGAGGCCCAGUCCCAGAGCCAAGCAGAUGAGGAAGAGGAAGACGACGACUUUGGGGUGGAGCUGCUGCUUGCCCAAGAUGAAGAACAGAGUGAGGCAGAGGGGGGCAGUGGGCCCCCCACCCCAGGGCCCACCAUCACUCUAGGCCCUAAAAAAGAGAUUACUGACAUUGCUGCAGCUGCGGAGAGCCUUCAGCCCAAGGGUUACACCUUGGCCACUACCCAGGUGAAGACACCUAUCCCCCUGCUGCUGCGGGGCCAGCUCCGGGAGUACCAACACAUUGGACUGGACUGGCUGGUUACUAUGUAUGAGAAGAAGCUUAAUGGCAUUCUUGCUGAUGAGAUGGGACUGGGCAAGACGAUCCAGACCAUCUCCCUGCUUGCCCACUUGGCCUGUGAAAAAGGAAACUGGGGUCCUCAUUUGAUCAUUGUCCCCACCAGUGUGAUGUUGAACUGGGAGAUGGAACUGAAACGUUGGUGCCCCAGCUUUAAAAUCCUCACUUACUAUGGAGCCCAGAAAGAAAGGAAACUCAAGCGGCAGGGCUGGACCAAGCCCAAUGCCUUCCAUGUGUGUAUCACAUCUUACAAGCUGGUGCUGCAGGACCACCAGGCCUUCCGCCGCAAGAACUGGCGCUAUCUCAUUCUGGAUGAGGCUCAGAACAUCAAGAACUUCAAAUCACAGCGCUGGCAGUCACUGCUUAAUUUCAACAGCCAGAGGCGCCUGCUCCUGACAGGGACUCCCUUGCAGAACAGUCUCAUGGAGCUGUGGUCCUUGAUGCACUUUUUGAUGCCUCAUGUCUUCCAGUCUCAUCGCGAGUUCAAGGAGUGGUUCUCUAACCCCUUAACUGGCAUGAUUGAGGGCAGCCAAGAGUAUAAUGAAGGGCUGGUCAAACGCCUCCACAAGGUUUUACGGCCCUUUUUGCUACGCCGAGUGAAGGUGGAUGUUGAGAAGCAGAUGCCCAAAAAGUACGAGCAUGUUAUCCGCUGCCGGCUUUCCAAGCGCCAACGCUGUCUCUAUGAUGACUUCAUGGCGCAGACCACAACUAAGGAGACACUAGCUACAGGCCAUUUUAUGAGCGUCAUCAACAUUUUGAUGCAGCUUCGGAAAGUCUGCAAUCAUCCAAACUUGUUUGACCCUCGGCCUGUUACCUCCCCUUUCAUCACCCCAGGCAUCUGCUUCAGCACCGCCUCUCUGGUGCUGCGGGCUACUGAUGUCCACCCGCUCCAGCGGAUAGAUAUGGGUCGGUUUGACCUUAUUGGCCUGGAGGGUCGUGUCUCUCGAUACGAGGCUGACACCUUUCUGCCUCGUCACCGUCUAUCCCGCCGGGUACUGCUAGAGGUGGCCACUGCUCCAGACCCCCCACCCCGGCCCAAGCCAGUCAAAAUGAAGGUUAACAGGAUGCUGCAGCCAGUGCCCAAGCAAGAAGGCCGGACAGUGGUGGUGGUGAACAGCCCACGGACGCCCCUGGGCCCCGCCCCAGUCCGACCCCCUUCAGGCCCUGAACUCUCAGCCCAGCUCACCCCUGGCUCAAUCCCCCCAGUUCUGCCAGCACCACUGAUGGUGUCGGCCUCAACCACUGGGCCCCCGCUUAUGCCAGCAUCCCGACCACCUGGCCCUGUUCUGUUGCCCCCACUGCAGCCAAACAGUGGCCCCCUCCCCCAGGUGUUGCCAUCCCCCUUGGGAGUCCUAGGAGGGACCUCAAAGCCUCCCACACCAACCCUGUCCCUGAAGCCAGCUCCGCCUGCACCAGUCCGCCUCAGCCCAGCCCCACCCCCGGGCUCCUCUAGUCUGUUGAAGCCCCUGACAGUGCCACCAGGCUACACUUUUCCUCCUGCUGCUGCCACCACCACUUCUGCCACCACGGUCACUGCUACCACCACAGCAGUGCCAGCUCCAACACCUGCACCACAGCGCCUCAUCUUGACUCCUGAUAUGCAAGCUCGCCUGCCGUCAGGUGAAGUGGUCAGCAUUGGACAGUUGGCCUCACUGGCACAACGUCCAAUGGCUAGCACAGGGGGAAGCAAACCUCUCACCUUCCAAAUCCAGGGCAACAAGCUGACUUUGACUGGUGCCCAGGUGCGCCAGCUUGCUGUGGGGCAGCCCCGCCCGCUGCAAAGGAAUGUGGUGCACCUGGUGUCGGCAGGGGGGCAGCACCACCUCAUCAGCCAGCCUGCCCAUGUGGCCCUCAUCCAGGCCGUGGCCCCGACCCCUGGCCCUUCCCCUGUCUCUGUGCUGCCUUCUUCGACCCCCAGCACCACCCUUGCCCCCACUGGUCUCAGCCUUCCGCUUGCUGCUAACCAGGUGCCACCAACCAUGGUGAAUAACACAGGCGUGGUGAAGAUUGUAGUGAGACAGGCCCCUCGGGACGGACUGACUCCUGUUCCUCCUUUGGCCCCAGCACCCCGGCCUCCGAGCUCUGGGCUUCCAGCUGUGUUGACUCCACGCCCCACAUUCACCCCUGGCCGGCUACCCUCACCUACUCUGGGUACUUCCCGGGCCCCCAUACCCACGCCUGCUCUGGUGAGGCCCCUUCUCAAGCUGGUCCACAGUCCUUCGCCUGAAGUCAGUGCUUCGGGACCCGGAGCUGCGCCCUUGACCAUCUCUUCUCCUGUCCCUGGGCCAGCCUCUUCUCCAGUACCCAUUCCCAACUCCUCUCCCCUUGCUAGUCCCGUGUCCUCCAUGGUCCCAGCCCCAGUUUCAUCUUCACUCCCCAUCUCUGUCUCUACCACACUUCCUGCCCCAGCCUCAGCUCCACUCACCAUUCCCAUCUCAGCCCCCUUACCUGUUUCGGCUUCGGGCCCCGCUUUGUUGACUACUAUGACUCCAACACUGGCACCUGUUGUCUCAGCGGUUCCUGGAUCUCCCUCUCUGGCACCAUCUGGGACUUCCCCAUCAGCGUCAGCCUUGACUCUGGGUUUGGCCCCAGCUCCAUCCUUGUCCUCAUCUCAGGCACCUGGGCACCCUCUGUUGUUGGCUCCUGCCUCUUCCCACGUUCCAGGAUUGAACUCAGCUGUGGCCCCAGCGUGCUCGCCUGUCCUGGUGCCUGCUUCAGCUCUGGCCAAUCCUUUUCCGGCAGCACCAAACCCAGCUCCAGCUCAGGCUUCCCUUCUGGCUCCAGCACCUUCUGCAUCUCAGGCUCUGGCCACCUCUCUGGCUCCCAUGGCGGCUCCACAGACAGCAAUCUUGGCUCCUUCUCCAGCUCCUCUGGCUCCUCUUCCAGUCCUGGCUCCAUCACAGACGGCAGUUCCAGUCCUGGCUCCAUCAUCUACUCCAGGAAGCCCUUUAGCCUCAGCUUCUUCACUGGUGCCGGCCCCAACUCCUGUGUUGGCUCCAUCAUCAACUCAGACUAUGGUACCGGCCCCAGUUCCGUCACCUCUCCCGAGCCUGGCUUCUACACAGACACUGACCCUUGCCCCAGCUUUAGCAUCUACUCUUGGUGGCUCGUCUCCAUCUCAGACACACUCUUUGGGAACAGGGAACCCUCAUGGGCCCUUUCCAGCUCAGACACUGUCAUUGACUCCAGCAUCGUCCCUUGUACCAGCUCCAGCCCAGACACUCUCUUUGGCACCAGGGCCGCCUCUAGGUCCAACUCAGACGCUGUCUCUGGCUCCGGCUUCUCCAGUGGGUCCGUCCCCGGCUCACAUGCUGACUUUGGCUCCAGCGUCAUCAUCUGCUUCACUCCUGGCCCCAGCUUCAGUGCAAACACUGACCUUGAGCCCUGCCCCAGUUCCAGUGCCUACUGUAGGCCCAGCUGCAAACUCAACACAGGCCCCAGCUUCCCAGCCAUCUUCCCUUGUGGUUUCGGCAUCUGCCUCUUCUCCGUUGCCUGUCACCAUGGUAUCCCGGCUGCCUGUUCCCAAGGAUGAACCUGAGACACUGACAUUGCGAUCUGGUCCCCCCAGCCCUCCCUCCACUGCUACCUCGUUCGGUGGCUCUCGGCCUCGACGCCAGCCCCCACCGCCACCUCGUUCCCCUUUCUAUCUGACGGGAAAGCUGCAAACCUUGGCAGUGCUGCUGAGACAGCUGAAGGCAGAGGGCCACCGGGUGCUCAUUUUCACUCAGAUGACCCGAAUGCUGGAUGUAUUGGAGCAGUUCCUCACGUACCAUGGCCACCUCUACUUACGGCUGGAUGGGUCUACUAGAGUCGAGCAGAGACAGGCCUUGAUGGAACGGUUCAAUGCAGACAAACGGAUAUUCUGCUUCAUCCUUUCAACUCGGAGUGGAGGUGUGGGUGUAAACCUGACAGGAGCAGACACUGUUGUCUUUUAUGACAGCGACUGGAAUCCCACCAUGGAUGCUCAGGCCCAGGAUCGUUGUCACCGAAUUGGCCAGACCCGAGAUGUCCACAUCUAUAGGCUUAUCAGUGAACGGACAGUGGAAGAGAACAUCCUUAAAAAGGCAAAUCAGAAGAGAAUGUUGGGAGACAUGGCCAUUGAGGGUGGCAACUUCACCACAGCCUACUUUAAACAGCAGACCAUCCGAGAGCUGUUUGACAUGCCCCUGGAGGAGCCAUCUAACUCAUCUCUACCCUCCGCCCCUGAAGAGGAAGAAGAGGCUGUGGCUAGCAAGCAGACCCAUAUCCUAGAACAGGCAUUGUGUCGGGCAGAGGAUGAAGAGGAUAUCCGUGCAGCCACUCAAGCCAAGGCUGAGCAGGUGGCUGAGCUUGCAGAAUUCAAUGAAAAUGAUGGGUUUCCUGCUGGCGAGGGAGAAGAGGCCAGUCGCCCUGGGGCUGACGAUGAGGAGAUGUCCCGGGCUGAGCAGGAAAUUGCUGCCCUUGUUGAACAGCUGACCCCCAUUGAGCGCUAUGCCAUGAAAUUCCUGGAAGCCUCGCUGGAGGAAGUGAGUCGUGAGGAGCUCAAGCAGGCAGAAGAGCAAGUGGAAGCUGCUCGCAAGGACUUGGACCAAGCCAAGGAAGAGGUGUUCCGCCUACCCCAAGAGGAAGAGGGGCCAGGGGCUGGGGAUGAAGUUUCUUGUGGGACAGGUGGUGGAAGUAGCCACCGGCGCAGUAAGAAGGUCAAGGCCCCUGAGAGGCCAGGGACUCGCGUCAGUGAGCGUCUUCGUGGAGCCCGGGCUGAAACUCAAGGGGCAAACCACACUCCCGUCACACCUACCCAGCAUACCCGCAGUACCUCCACGACCCCCCGCUGCAGCCCUGCCAGGGAGCGAGCUCCCCGGCCACCACCCAGGCCUCGAUCUACUACAGUUCCUGCUACUCCAGCCCUUUCUCCAAUCCCCACCCAGAUUCCUACUUCAUCUCCAAAUCCAUUAACCAUCCUUCCUGUCCAUGUCUUACCACCUCCUCCCAUUUCUCCUUCCCAGAUUCCUUCCUCUUGUUCUCCUGCCUGCUCUCCUCCUCCUCCUGCCUGUACCCCCCCACCAGCCCAUACCCCCCCACCAGCCCAUACCCCUCUUCUGACUCCUUCCUCCCCUCUUCGGCUUGGUCCUUCUGUGCCUGUUUCCCCCCAAGGCACCAACCUCCCCUUGGGCUUGGGGCCUGAGGCAGAGCUCUGUGCACAGGCACUGGCAUCUCCCGAGUCCCUGGAGCUCACUGGCACGGCCAGUUCCGAGACGUCCCCACUCACUCUUGUGUCCUCCAAGGAUCUGUUGCCAGUUGCUGUUGAGGUCCUGCCCCUGUCAGAGAAGAACCUUUCUCUCACUCCUUCUGCACCUAGCCCAACCCUGGAGGCUGGCAGCAUCCUCAAUGGUCAAGAGCAAGAGGUGCCAGAACCUGCCCAAGGGGCAAUUCUCUCAGUGCUGCCUGAUGGUGAGGAAGUGCCCGUGUGUCUGAGUGAGAGCAAUGGGGUGGAACUCCCGCCCUUAGCAGCAUCUGAUGAGCCACUUCAGGACCCGCUGGAGGCUGAGAGGAACUCUGAAGAGCUAACAGCGGCCCAGACCCCAACCUCCAGCCCACAGAAGCUACAGGAGCUUGUUACAGCAGAGGCCACUGCCCCAUCAGCCUCAUCCUCAGCCACCUCCUCACCUGAGGAUCCUUUGCCUGCCCGGCCCCCUCGGCGUCGCACCAGUGCUGAUGUAGAAAUUCGGGGUCAAGGGGCUGGUCGGCCAGGGCAGCCUCCGGGCCCCAAAGUGCUACGCAAGCUGCCGGGCCGACUGGUCACUGUGGUGGAGGAGAAGGAGCUGGUGAGGCGACGGCGACAGCAGCGGGGACCGGCCAACGCCCCGGCACCUGGCGUCUCUGAGACGGGUGCCAGCCUGGGAAGCCAGUCUACCUGCAGCGUGUUGGGGCAGGAAUCUUCACCUCCCACCAGUGGGCCCUGUGAAGCUCCCCCCUCAUCCACACUGCCCACCCAAACCCAGCACCCCUUCAUAGCGCGUCGUCACAUUGAGCUGGGGGUGACCGGUGGAGGCAGCCCAGAGAAUGGAGAAAGAGCACUGCUUGCCAUCACCCCACCUGCUGUGAAGCGCCGGAGAGGGAGGCCCCCCAAAAAAAACAGGUCUCCAGCAGAUGCUGGGCAGGGGGUUGAUGAAGUGUCCUCAAACAGCUCUAAGGGAAAAAGCAAUGGGGCUGAACCAGUUUCUGGGGUGGAGACCCUCAUUGUUGCGGAACCUGUUAUGGGACCCCAGCUUAUUCCUGAGCCCCACCCUCUUGGAACCCAGUCAGUUUGCAAACCGGAGCCCAUCUUAUCACCUGUGGAGAAAAGAAGGCGUGGGCGGCCUCCUAAGGCACGAGAUUUGCCCAGCCCUGGGACCAUUUCUUCUCCAGGGGAUGGCAACUUAGAGAGCCGGACACAGCCUCUACCACCACCCCUGCCAUCCUUCCCACCACUCCUAGCCUGCCCCACUGCUACUGUCACCAACACUGUCACCAUUUCAACGUCCCCACCUAAGCGCAAGCGGGGCCGACCUCCCAAGAAUCCACCAUCACCUCGCCCCAGCCAGCUCCCUGUCUUGGACCGUGACAGCUCUUCUGUCCUUGAGAGCUGUGGACUAGGGAGGCGACAGCAACCCCAGGGCCGGGUGGACAGUGAGGGCAGUUCCUCCGAUGAAGAUGGAGGCCGCCCCCUCACCCGCCUUGCCCGCCUGCGACUUGAAGCAGAGGGGAUGCGGGGACGAAAGAGUGAAGGGUCCAUGGUGGUGGCUGUAAUUCAAGAUGACUUGGAUUUAGUGGAGAGUGGGCCAGGCGGGUUGGAAUUGACGCCUCCUGUGGUCUCGUUAGCCCCAAAACUGCGCUCCACCAGGCUGCGUCCAGGGUCUCUAGUUCCCCCACUGGAGACUGAGAAGGUGCCUCGCAAACGGGGAGGGGCUCCACUUGGUGGGGGUCCUGGGCAGGCAAAGCGGGGCCGCCCUCAGUCCCCAAGUCCCUUGGGACCUGAGGGUUCUAUAGAGGAGUCUGAGGCUGAAGCCUCAGGUGAGGAGGAGGAAGGGGAUGGGACCCCACGCCGCAAGCCUGGCCCCCGCCGGCUUGGUGGGACCAACCAAGGGGACCAGCGCAUCCUGCGUAGCAGUGCCCCUCCUCACCUGACUGGCUCUUCCAUUAGUCACAGAGGCCGCAAGGCCAAGACGUGA